AUGUCCACUCCCUACUCAUUCUCUUCCGCCCUCCUGAUCCACCUCACCCUGCUUGAAAAACACCCCUCGGCCAACCUCAGCAGCCUCAGCCUCCCCCUUAACCUCCCGCUACGCUCGAACCCACCAUCAUCCACCUGUCCCACAAUCGCCGAAGCCGACCUCCCAAACCCCGACCCUCACUGCACCGCCGACACCCCCCGCAAGCUAAGCUGGCGCCUAAGUCUCCGGCGGGGCUGGUGUUGUUCCGUUUCCAACGCCGGUCACAUCGCGGACCCAGCAACGAACCAGAGCACGGAUGUGAUGCUCAAAGACCACCAAUUCGACGCUCACGAGAGUGAUGGUAGGAAGAGCAUGAGUAGCAGGAAGAGCAGCGAGGACGAAGACGCGGGAUUUGAGGCCCAGAAGUGUCUAGGCGGGAGCAGAGGACUGUUUGCUGGGAGUGCGGAAUCGGUUACACUGGGAGGAGGUGGGAGUGAGGGGGAGGCUGUUGCUGAUGCUGGGGAUGAGGGGGAGAGCAAGAGGAAAGGGGGAUCGCUCUAG